AGGCACUGCCGGCGGCCGUUUGGUCAUAUAUACCGCUGGUCACCCAAUUGCCUGACGGAUACUCCCCCGCUCUAUGGCAUCUCAGUCUUCGGAUGACACCCGGCCAAAAUGUGGUUGCUCAACACGUCUACGUACCAACUUUCCUUUAGGCAAGAUCCGCUUCAAGUCCAUUACGCCAUUUUGUCGCACGUAUGGGACCCUACAGGCGAGCAGACAUUCCAGAUCUGGCGCUGCUGCGACUAUGCUCGCGUCCGAGGCUACCCGUACCUCUGGAUCGACACGUGCUGCAUCGACAAGACCAGUAGCGCGGAGCUCUCUGAGGCGAUCAACUCCAUGUUUGACUGGUACUCGCAGGCCGCCGUCUGCUACGUCUUCCUAUUCGACGUAUCUGCCGGGGUUAAUCCCGCGGCGAAGGAUUCGUCUUUCCGACGCAGCAUGUGGUUCAAGCGCGGCUGGACCUUGCAGGAACUCAUCGUUCCGUCAAGGAGCGUCUUCCUUUCAAUGGACUGGCAAAUGAUAGGUACAAAGGCGAGCCUUGCGAGCACCAUCGAGGACAUCACCGUGAUCGACGCAGACGUCCUGCUCCAUAGGCGGGGAUUGCACACUGUUAGCGUCGCGCAGCGAAUGGCUUGGGCAUCGAGACGAGAGACGACUCGUAUCGAGGACGAAGCGUACUGUCUCAUGGGC